CCUGUGUUGGUGGGUUCCGCGAGUUAGCCUCUACAGCUCUAGGAGGACCGCCAACAUCACCAUCUCUGCCAUCAAGCAUCAACAUCGCCAUCAACCAUCACCGCCACCUUAAAUUCGAUAUCAACCACCUACCCGCCGACGAAUCCGACCUUCUUUCUACCAACAUAUCCAGCUAAAACCGCCACACACCGCCCAACAUGGUGCUGGAAGCUACUAUGAUAGUUGUCGACAAUAGCGAGAGUAGUCGGAAUGGAGACUACACACCGACCCGCUUUGAAGCUCAGGCCGAUGCCGUCUCGCUCCUCUACUCGGCAAAGACUCAAGCCAACCCCGAGUCAUCGGUCGGAUUGAUGACGAUGGGUGGAAAGGGUCCGGAGGUGCUGGUGACUCUGACGACGGACUACGGCAAGAUUCUGAGUGGAUUGCACGAGACAAAGAUCAAGGGAGAGGCCCACCUAGCUACGGGUAUCCAGGUCGCUGGUCUCGCUUUGAAGCACCGUCAGAACAAGUCCCAGCGACAGCGGAUCGUUGUUUUCGUUGGAUCGCCGAUCGCCGAAGAUGAGAAGUCCCUGGUCAAGCUCGCAAAGAAGAUGAAGAAGAACAAUGUCGCCGUCGACUUCGUCAACUUCGGAGAGGUCGAGACCGACAACACGCAGAAGCUCCAGGCGUUCAUCGAAGCCAUCAACUCGUCCGACAACUCACAUCUCGUCACGAUCCCUCCCGGAAACCACCUCCUGUCCGACCGUCUGAUUGCUACGCCCAUCAUGGGUGAAACUGGGUCGUCUGAGGGUGGUACUGGUGCUGGCGAGAGUGGCGAGGGCUCGGGUGGAUUCGAGUUCGGAUUCGAUCCCAAUCUAGAUCCCGAGCUGGCAAUGGCCCUACGGAUGUCCAUGGAGGAUGAGAAGGCACGUGUUGCUCGUGCCGAGAAGGAAAAGGAAGAAAAGGAGAAGAAGGAUGCUGGCGAAGGCCCCAGCAACUUGGAGAGCGUCAAGGAAGAGGAUGAGAACACCCCUUUACUAAAGGACGACCAGAAGGACAAGGACAAGAAAGACGACGAUGCCCCCGGCGAUAAAAUGGACACUGCGUAGUAGCAUAGUGUUUUGUUUUGCUUGCUUGCAGUUUGCGGAAAGCAUGUCUGGGGCAAAGCAAUCUUGGGGGGCAGGGGAGGCUUUCACCCUGUACGAUUACUUUGAAUUUCAUGAUGCGAUGCAACGUGUGGACUUUGUGUAAUGGUGA